AUGCCCGAAUUGAAAUCAUUCACUAGAGCUGAAGUUGCCAAGCACAACACCGAAGAUGAUUGCUGGAUCAUUAUUGAUGGUGCUGUUUACAACGUCUCCACAUUUGCUCAAUUGCACCCUGGUGGAAGCCAAAUCUUGAUUGAACUAGGUGGAAAGGAUGUUACAGAUGAUUUUUAUGGUCUUCAUCGUCAAGAAGUCUUGAUCAAAUACGCUCCUCGUCUCAAGAUUGGUACCAUUGAAGGUGAAGUAGCUCAAGUUACUAUUCCUGCUCCUGGCGAUCUUUCUACUGUCCCUUAUGCUGAACCUAGCUACUGGAUGGGCUUUAAGAGUCCUUAUUUCAACGAGAGUCACACUAGAUUCCGCAAGGCUCUUCGUGCCAUCUAUGAUGAGAUUAGACCUGAAGCUAUCUUAGCUGAAGAUCAAGGCACUUAUCCUUCCAAGGAACUCUAUGCCAAGUUAGGUGAGGCUGGUGUAUUGGCAUCUCAGCUCGGUCCUGGCGACCAUCUCAAAGGUAUGAAGUUGCCUGGUGGUGUUACUCCCGAAGAAUUUGAUUUCUUCCAUGAAAUGAUUGCUCACCAAGAAACUGCUCGCCUUGGUGCCCCUGGAUUUACUGAUGGCAUCUCUUCCGGCUACAGUAUCGGUCUUCCUCCUGUCUUCAACUUUGGUAAGCCUGCUCUCAAAGCCCGUGUUGUACCUGAAGUUUUACUCGGUAAGAAGCGUAUCUGUCUUGCCAUCACCGAACCUUAUGCUGGAUCAGAUGUUGCUCGUAUUCGCACUACCGCUACUCGUACCGCUGAUGGAAAGCACUUUAUUCUUAACGGCGUCAAAAAGUGGAUUACCAAUGGUGCUUUCUCUGAUUACUUUACUGUUGCUGCCACCACUGAGAAGGGAAUCACUGUAUUUUUCGUUGAGCGAGAUGACAACAUCGAGACCAAGCAGAUCAAAACUUCUUACUCUCCCUCCGCUGGUACCGCUUAUAUUACCUUUGAAAAUGUCAAGGUACCUGCAGAGAAUAUUAUCGGCAAGGAAGGUGAAGGCUUUAAGGUCAUUAUGUUCAACUUUUCGCACGAAAGAGUUUACAUCUGCGCUGCUGUAACCGGUGCUUCGCGCGCAAUUGUCGAGGAUUGCUUUAAAUGGGCUGUUCAGCGCAAGGUCUUUGGUAAACGUCUCAUAGAUCAACCUGUCAUCCGCAACAAACUCGCUUCUAUGGUUGCCCAACUAGAGGCCGUUGAGAGCUGGCUGGAAAAUAUUACCUAUCAGAUGUGCAACAUGCCUUACUUGGAACAAUCAGUCAAGUUAGCAGGUCCAAUUGGUUUAUUGAAGUAUCAAGUUACCAGAGUCUCCCACAACAUUGCGGAUGAUGCUUGUCAAAUUUUCGGUGGUCGCGCUAUCACCAAGACCGGUAUGGGCCGUACUGUUGAAGCAUUCCAAAGAACUUACAAGUUUGGCGCCAUUCUUGGUGGUUCUGAAGAAAUCAUGGCCGACCUCGGUAUCAGACAAGCCAUGAAGUAUUAUCCCCAAGGUGCUAGACUUUAA